AGGCUGCUGAUAGGGUACUGGGUUAUCCCAGGCUUCCUCCAACCUCCUUCCUAUCCAUUAGUCCUGCUCCACCUCAUCUUUACCUUGGCCCCAGGAUCACUGCACUUUUUAUUUCCUAUCCAACCAUGAUCACAGAAAGAGAAAAGAUGAAAGCCAUGUGUCAUCUUGUUAUAAAACAUAUUAAUAGCUUUAAGUAGGAAAUGAAACAGAAAAGGACGAAUCUAAUUGCUAGAAUUACACUUGCAAAUUAUCUGUGUAUUUCAUGAUUCCCACUUGAGAUUCCUUCCAAAAUAGAGGCGGACUGGCAUUAUGCUGGUUCGUAGCAACCUUGAUGUUAUACUGCCUGAAUUAAAAUCCCUGCCCUGCCUCUUCCUAGCUAAAUGGCCUUGAAAAAGUUUUUUAACCUCCCUGUAAAAUUUAGAUAUUAACAAAUGCCUACUUUUUUAAGUUAAAGACUAAAUUAAAAGAUACAUGAAAAUGCUCAGCACAAUACCUAGCAAAUAGCAAGAGAUUAAUACAUUUUGGCAAUUAUUGUGUACAUUGAUUUUAAAUUUUCUCCCUGACCUUUUAAUGCUAGUAAGUGGAAUACCUCAAAUCCUGAUAGGUAUCAAGGAUAAUCUACCUGUAGGAAAAACCAGCUUCCAGGCAAAAAUCAUAUCUGUUAAGAGUGAUCUCUGUUCCUGGAGGGAAAUUUCUUCCCAAAAAUAGUAGAUUCUUCUACCUACUCUCUUCUCCCUACGAAUGCCAAAUAUCAGUCCAUGAAAGGAGACAAGAGUUGCUAAACUGGUUGGUAGUUUGUUUUGUUUUUAUUUCAUAAUAUGUAUCGCCACCUUCCGUGAACAGCUAAAAGAGAACAGAGGACCAAAUGACAGAGUGCAUGCUCUCUCCUUUCAAGCUUUCCAGUCACUCUGUCAUCAGGACAUGGACCUCUUAGGGGAUGAAUGGUUUUAUUUCCCCCAGAAAUAAAUUAGGCCAAGGAGAUUGUUGGCAAGCACUGGGGUGAGACUGGCCCAACUACAGCAUCCCUAGCCUGGGGACACCCUCCUCAGUGGACAUGAAUGCAAUUGCUUGGCUUAUGAGCUAGGAGUAGGCUUGGGGAAGAAAGUGACUUUCAACAGCUAGAAAAGCUAACAGCAAAACUGACCACAAAUGAGUUUAGCUUGGAGAAUUCAGGGGAAAACUAAGCUCCAAGCGGAAGAAGGUAGUUCUAGAUGAAAAACCUGUUUCACAUAGACCUAUGGAAAAGCACACUGCCCGGAGGACUGUCUACUUUCCUUUAUAUCAACAUUAAAUAUAUAUACUAUCUUUGCCUACUCCCUCCCUGCCACCUGUCCUUCCAGUCUCAGCCCAAACCAGCUCCUCCUCCUUCUAGACCUCCUUUUUUAAAGAGCUCUUUAUUAGCUCUAAACAGGGAAGGGGAGGGCAGGAGAUGAUUGGCUAAGAGGGAACAGCACCACCCUGCUCAUUCCCCUCCCAUUCCCUUCCUCAGGAAACAGCUGGAAUGAGAGAUAGGGAGGGGAGGCUAGGAUUGGCUGAGUCAGUGGCAGGGUGGAGGCCAGGCAGCACAGAUGAAGCAUUUACCUGUCUAGGUAAGUCAGGAGGAGUUCAAAAGGAGAAGAAAACAGUAGGAGGCAGGGGAAGCAGCCUCUGUCUCCAUCUCUGCCCUUUGAAACAAAAGGGUAUUUCUUUUCUCUCUUCAGCCCCCAACCCAGUGGAGGCCCGGCUUGGGACAUUGUUCACUUCCCCUCGCUUCCCCUCUGGGAGCCCCCUUUGCCAUCCCUGCGCCUUGUUUCGGGCGAUGCCCGAGAGGGAGCUGUGGCCAGCGGGGCCUGGCUCAGAACCCGUGACCCGUGUCGGCAGCUGUGACAGCAUGAUGAGCAGCACCUCCACUCGCUCUGGAUCUAGUGAUAGCAGCUACGACUUCCUGUCCGCUGAAGAGAAGGAGUGUCUGCUCUUCCUGGAGGAGACCAUUGGCUCACUGGACACGGAGGCUGACAGCGGACUGUCCACUGACGAGUCUGAGCCAGCCACAACUCCCAGAGGUUUCCGAGCACUGCCCAUAACCCAGCCCACUCCCCGGGGAGGUCCAGAGGAGACCAUCACUCAGCAAGGACAAGCGCCAAGGACAGUAACUGAGUCCAGCUCAUCCCAUCCUCCUGAGCCCCAGGGCCUAGGCCUCAGGUCUGGCUCCUACAGCCUCCCUAGGAAUAUCCACAUUGCCAGAAGCCAGAACUUCAGGAAAAGCACCACCCAGGCUAGCAGUCACACCCCUGGAGAACCAGGGAGGCUUGCGCCAGAGCCUGAGAAGGAACAGGUGAGCCAGAGCAGCCAACCCAGGCAGGCACCUGCCAGCCCCCAAGAGGCUGCCCUUGACUUGGACGUGGUGCUCAUCCCUCCGCCAGAAGCUUUCCAGGACACCAAGCCAGAGCAGUGUAGGGAAGCCAGCCUGCCCGAAGGGCCAGGACAGCAGGGCCACACACCCCAGCUCCACACGCCAUCCAGCUCCCAGGAAAGAGAGCAGACUGCUUCAGAAGCCAUGUCCCAAAAAGCCAAGGAAACAGGCUCAACCGGGUACGCACAACAACCCCGGCCUCCUCCUGCACGGUUGCCUCAGAAUGCAAGAGCUGAAGAUGCUCCCCUCCCAUCAGGGGAGGACCCAAACAGCCGACUAGCUCCCCUCACAACCCCUAAGCCCCGGAAGCUGCCACCUAAUAUUGUUCUGAAGAGCAGCCGAAGCAGUUUCCACAGUGAUCCCCAGCACUGGCUGUCCCGCCACACUGAGGCUGCCCCUGGAGAUUCUGGCCUGAUCUCCUGUUCACUGCAAGAGCAGAGAAAAGCACGUAAAGAAGCUCUAGAGAAGCUGGGGCUACCCCAGGAUCAAGAUGAGCCUGGACUCCACUUAAGUAAGCCCACCAGCUCCAUCAGACCCAAGGAGACACGUGCCCAGCAUCCGUCCCCAGCUCCAGGUCUGGCUCAGCCUGCAGCUCCAGCCCAGGCCUCAGCAGCUAUUCCUGCUGCUGGGAAGGCUCUGGCUCAAGCUCCGGCUCCAGCUCCAGGUCCAGCUCAGGGACCUUUGCCAAUGAAGUCUCCAGCUCCAGGCAAUGUUGCAGCUAGCAAAUCUAUGCCAAUUCCUAUCCCUAAGGCCCCGAGGGCAAACAGUCCCCUGACUCCACCAAAGCCAGAGUCAGGGCUGACUCUCCAGGAGAGCAACACCCCUGGCCUGAGACAGAUGAACUUCAAGUCCAACACUCUGGAGCGCUCAGGCGUGGGACUGAGCAGCUACCUUUCAACUGAGAAAGACGCCAGCCCCAAAACCAGCACUUCUCUGGGAAAGGGCUCCUUCUUGGACAAGAUCUCGCCCAGCGUCUUACGUAAUUCUCGGCCCCGCCCGGCCUCCUUGGGCACGGGGAAAGAUUUUGCAGGUAUCCAGGUAGGCAAGCUGGCUGACCUGGAGCAGGAGCAGGGCUCCAAGUGCCUGUCCUACCAAGGACAGAGCCGUGACAAGCUUCCUCGGCCCCCCUGUGUCAGUGUCAAGAUCUCCCCAAAGGGUGUCCCCAAUGAACACAGAAUGGAGGCCCUGAAGAAGCUGGGACUGUUGAAGGAGUAGACUCUGCCACUAGUACGGACCCUGUCCUGGCUGAACAAGAAGAGACACAUGGUCCACUUGGGAGCCUUUGCCACCAUGCAACUCAGGGCUCAAGAUGAAUGGGAGGGAGAGAUUUGAGUCCAAGCAUACAUUUAUAUUCAGUGUUGUGCCAUUGAGUUCCCACAUGGAUCAUUCUGAAGGUGAUCUCCACAAGAGGGAGUGUGUGUGUGUGUGUGUGUGUGUUUGGUGUGUGUGGGGGGUGGGGCUGGAUACAUCACUGAAGCUAUUUAUAUAACACAAUGAGUCACUGUUCAGAAUUUUGCUCUUGUUAGAGGUUUUAUUACAUUGGGUAGAGUCCAGCCUAGCCAGAGCUGAGUGAAGGGGCUGGCCAUGCCUGAGAAGAAAAGUCAAAUGAGACAAUGGACGUGUCAAUGACUUGAAAAAAAGUUACAUCCAGCAAAUGCAGGGUCACAGAAAAUAUGGGCCUCCUGGAAUCCCUACAGUGGAUGGAGACUGGCUCAUACCUUGCCAGAUCCCUCUCUCAGUUCCAGCCUUCUGGACAAGACCUGGGCUAAGAGGAGCUGAUUCGUUAUCUCUUCACCCACUGCCCUCUCAGUAUCACCAGUCCCAAAGACAGGAUACGUCCCUGUAACCCAACCUCUCGGUUGAUUGAUAGCAGAACAGCUCUUGUUGGUCUGAGAAGGCAGGAUAAGUGACCACAUAUUUAUGCCACUACCUCCACCAGGGAGAGUCCUUCUCCACAGGCUUGAUAAAUUCAAUCACCAACUGUGCUGUGGUCCCUGACUCUGCUACUCCCGUUCUUCCUGCUUUCCUGCUCCCUAUCUCAGUCUGCACUGACCCCAGGGCUGGGCUAACAUCAAGAUGGGAGCCCAGUCCACGGGCUUUAUAAACACCCAAGAACUGUUUCAGAUCUUCUCUGUGCUGAUGCGGGUAGUUUUAAAUUUUUCUCAGUUCCAGUGAUAGAAAACCCACACAAUACAUCCUCUGCCCGUCUUAAUAGAAUAUCAGAGGUAAGAGGGGCCUCAGAGAAGCUCUGACCCAGUGCUGCUGGGGAAGAGAAGUGACUAACCCCGGGUCAGCCUGCCAUUUAGGGAAAGAGCUGAGGUUCUUACCCUCGUGGCAUGCUGCCACCUCUCCUUACCCAGUGCUCUUGUACAUUCACACAGCACCCUAAGGAGCCAUAGUCACCAUCAAAGACUCAGCCCUAAGGCCCUUCAAGAUCUCAAAGUGUCUUCUGAAGCAUCAGAGAUUAAAUAUUGUUCAAACUAAUAGUUAUUGCUGUGGCUUUUAAUUUUAUCUUUGGAAGAUAGCUAUAUGGUAACUCAUCAUUAACCAGAACACCUCUCCCCUCAAAUUCCCUGACCAAGUUGUGCAGCUUGAGCAAAUGCCGAAAGAGGGUAUUAUGGAUGGGUGGUGUGGGCUUGCAAAUACAAGCUUGGAGGUGAGACAUGGCCAGACAUGACUCCUGCUUCCCCUUAGGAAGUAAACCUUACUUAUGGCUGUGAACCGCUUGGAGUCCAGGAUGCCCAGAUGUGAGGGGCAGAUGAAGGGAAUGCUGUUGGAAAGCUGCCUUUUAAGGCUGCUGAGAAUUUCUGGACUGUGUCCUGAUGGACGCAGCACCAUCAAAGCCCAGAAUUUCUGAAAAUAGUGACAAGGUUAACAUAAGGACAACAAAUACUCCACCCUGUCAUGGUAUGUGGGGUGUGGGUGUGGCGGUUUCUAUGUACGUUUGCUCAUACACGCACGUCCAAAAGCCUGUGCGUCAUUCCUGGCCAUGGGUGAGGACUUGGUCUGUCAUGGCUGAUGAGGACUCCCACAACCGGUCAAGUUAUGUCUUAUUAUACACCCCCAGAGAGAGAGAAAGCUGCCUUCUGGAGGACUGAUUCCGCAUGCUCUAUUAAGCUGAGUUGAUUUCUGUGUCUAUUUCAACCCAUAACCUGAAGAAUGAUCACCUUAUUCCUUAUUCAUUAAUUUCCUUGAUUAAUAGGGAAACUUGGGAAUAGCUAUAAAGUAAAACUUGGGUGGAACCUGAGGCCCUGGCAUCACACAAGGGUGAUUAGGAUGGUCAAGUUCAACAGUACAGCCUAUUACAUUCCCACACCCUGAGAAAGGUCAUUUCUCCCACACACAACAAAGUCACAGACAGCCUGCACCUGCCACUUGGCAUCCUCAUCCUACUGACAUGCCCAUUUCUCCAGUUUUCCUAAUCUGAGACUCCUUUCCCUUGUUAUUUAAAGAUACCGUGCUUCUCCACAUCCUCAUCCUUCAAGGAGCAUAUUUUGCUCUAAGGAUGGUCUUUGGGAUUCAAGAAUAGAAUAAUAAAUCCAAACUUGGUCAUUCCCAUUUUGAAGAGAUGCAAGAGGGCCCAGUGAGGACAUCCGCCUCCCUGAAAGUGGUGCUAGACCGAGCAGAGGUAAUUGUAUCUAUGUAUCCACAUAAGAUUGCUCUUCAUUCAGCUUGAAUUGAUGGGGAGGGAGGUAAGAGUAGGGUCAGAGUUACUCUUAUCCCUUUUCAAAGAAUUGUGGGUGGAGGUUUGUAAAGGUCAUUUAUUUGAUUUUCAAAAUCAAAGCAACAGCUCUACUUCCACUUGGCCUUAGAUCUCUGCUAUACCCUGCCAUAGCCUUGAUGCCACUGGCACAAGCCACCUGCCAAAUACAGGGGUGGCCUCUCUCAGCCUGGCAUGGUAGGGGGGUCUGUGCCCUCAGAUGUGUUGACAGCUGCUCUUCUGAAUUGCCACACCUGUGCUACCCUUGGAAUUCUGCACUCUGACUCUGUGGGGUAGGACCACGUGCCAUCUCACACAGAGGUCAACUGAUGAGCCCACUCACUCGUACAUGCCUUCUUCCAUAGUGGGAAGCAUGAUCUGGCAGGGGCCACCCUGUAGGCUGGGGAUGGGCUGGUGUGUGAAUGUUAAAGUUCAUUUCAUGGAGAAAGGGGAGGUGAGAGAUUGAAGAGCAGGUCCCCGUCAAUGUUCUGAGUUCUAGCUGGAGGUGUAGAUUGAAGAGUCUACAUGGUCUGUGAGUGUGUGAGAUGAACCCUUCCAUCUUUUGACGCCUGUAUGUAUAGGCUAAGAAGGACCUUCCUGUCAGUGUGCAAAGCUGUAAUCUCAUGGACUAGAGGAGAGGGGGCCAAGGGGAUGGACAGGAGAAGUCAUGCAGAAUCUAAGCAGGAAUGCAGAUAGAACACAUCUAGGCUCUUUUCCCCAGGAGACUGAUGAUAGAGCAUAUAGAUCUGGCUCAAAUUCAGCCUCCAUCACUUACCAAUCAGGAACCCUGGCGAUAUCACUUUAACUUUCUGAACCUCAGAGUCUUCACCUAUAAGAUGGGGAAAAUAAUACCAUCCUUUCAAGAUUGUUGAGAUAAAUAAGUGAUAUAAAACAUGUAAAGCUUAGUUCUGGACACAGUGUAGCUACUCAAUAAAUGAUAAUACUACCUUCUGGGUCUUAUUUUUUUCUUCUCAAAGGAGGUGAAUGUAGGGAGGGUUGGAUACCAAGGGCUCACCCAACUCACUUCUGAGAGAAAGAUAGAGCCUGCUGCACACAAAACUUACGGCACACCCAGGCUUCGGCACAGCCUCUAGGUGACUCAGCUUCACCCAAGCCAGGCUUCCUGGAGUUUGAAAAGACAGCAAUUGGCAUGGGUGUAAUGUGUGUGUUCUGGUGCAGCCUGAACCAGCUGUUUCCAGCUUUCAUAUCCUCAAAUCCAACUUCUCCUUUAUCAUCAGUCUCUUACUGCCCA